AUGGGCUCAAAACCGAGAGUAAUCACCGUGGCAGCUGCACAGCUGGGGCCCGCCAGGAGUCUCGACACCCCCAGGCAAGAGACACUCGGUCGCAUGGUCGCCCUGCUUGACGAAGCUGCUAAAGCGGGCGUCCGGCUGGUUGUGUACCCCGAGCUUGCAUUCACCAAAUUCUUCCCCUCGCACAUCAUUGAAGAUCCGGACAAGCUCGCCGGAUAUUUCGAGCCCACUUCACAGGCAAAACCCAUGCAGUCAUCAACUCGCCCAACGGCUAAUGAACUUGGCGUCGAUGUCAGCUUUGGAUUUGGAGAGCGUUUCACCUCUGAAGCCGGCAAAGUGACUGAUUUCAAUUCCGCAAUCUACUACUCUGCGACCCAAAGGAGGGGAAUUGCGAAGUAUAGAAAAGUUCAUCUGCCAGGUCGCGUCGACAUCGAUACUCGACGCAAUGUUAUUCAACAACUCGAGAAGCGCUAUUUCACACCAAGCGACCUUGGCUUUCAGGCAUUCCGGGUACCUGAUCUAGUUGACGGCGCGCUGAAGGCAGCAGAUGCUGUUUCAGAACAAAACCCGGAAGGAAAGGGAGACCCGAUUGAGGGCUAUAAUACGACGGCUUAUGCGCCUCAAUGUGGUGGGGACGAAGCAGAGCAAGAAGCUGAGGCUCUCUUUCACCAUCGUCUAUCAUGCCAGAGCGGCAGCUACACCAACGCGUGCUAUAGUAUCAACGUCGCUAAGGCUGGCUGGGAGGACCAUGGAAAGAUGAUUGCCGGGUCCAGCAUUAUCGACCCAAACGGGCACAUCAUCGCAGAGUCAAAUUCAUAUGAAGAUGAGCUGGUCAUUGCUACCAUCGAUCUGGCCAAGUGCAGGAAGGGAAAAGAGAGAGUAUUUGCUUUUGGGAGGGAUAGGAGGAUUGAGCAUUAUUCACUCCUUUCGGAGCAAGCUGGCGUGGAAGAGCCACCUCUGCUUAGCUAG